UUCCUCCCCACCGACUUCCCCCCCCCGUCCGAGCCACUUGCCUGGAGCCAUGGCCAGCCUCGCCGAGCCCGCCCAGCAGGUCGAGGUUGCUGCUGGUGCAGUCAUGAUCGACCAGGCGAUGUGCUCCAGCCACGGCGUCGAGGGCCUGCCCGCCCGCUCCGCGGAGUGGGACGACUCCCUCUUCGAGCUGACCUGUGCGGUGCAGUCUCAGGAGGGGGUACCGCCGUUCGUGGAGCAGUGCUGGAGCGGGGCGCGCCACCGCGCCAGCUGUGGCCUCAUAGCGGAGGUCCACCACGCCUGGGUCUCCGUGGACUCCGCCGUGUACCUGUGGGACUACCGCGAGCGGGAGCCGCGGGUGCAGAGCGUGCCCGCGGACGCGACGGUGAUGUGCGUGGCCGCGUGUGCUCCGCGGCGAGGGAUCUUCGACACCUCCGUGCAGCUGCUGCUCGUGGUCGCGACCAGGCUAACCGUCAGCCUCGCUGGCCUCGCCGGCCCAGGCGCCGGCGGGCGCCCCGCCGUGGGCGCGCUCGUGCCCCUCGACGGCUACUCGGCGCCCGCUGACGGCGCUCUGGGCCGGCGGUUUCCGUCGCAUCCGGCACACCCCAGACGGCCACAUCUUCCUGCUCUGCGGGGCCCCGCGGGUCUUUGAGCUGGCCUACUCCCACGAGCCUGGAUGGCUGUGCGCGAAGUGCCGCCUGGUGAGCCACGUCGCGGGCUGGUGG